UAAUUUUGAAACGGAGCUGACGACAAGGGAGUUGCUUUCUGAAGGGUCACGCAUCACUUCAGCGACUACGUCACAAGAUUCUAUUAAUGAAAUUUAUUUUUAAAGUAUUUUUUACCCUAUACCUUUUUACGCACUUGUUACGUAGUUCGCUAUAAAAAAACGAUCGCGAUUCGAGAUAAAUUGAUAUACCGUUUAGCGUCUAAAGCCUGUAGAUUUUUUUUUCGUAACUAAUGUACAAAUCAGCUAGCCCUUAUAUAAUUAUUCACAUUGUAACUGCACUGUCUAAACGUUAACAUGACAGGCCGUUUACCAACUAGUACACUUCAGACUUGUGCUCCCGUUGUGUCGCAAUUGAGAAAGAAUCGUAUUUAAACGCAAGUUCAAUGACUCGAACAGGUGGGAGAGUUUAGUGGUUUCGGAGGUAGGCGACUGUAUAUAAAAUCAAAGGUAGCUGUCGUGGAUGACAUAGAGUCAACUGCUCUUUGCACGUUCAAGAUCACUUCUACACGUCUGGGAUAGUGCACGACGAUGCAUCCGACAAGUAUUGCAAUUUUCGCUAUUGUUUGCUGUUGCCUUGCGCCAUGCAUAAUAGCCGAAGGAGAUAGUUUAUCGUCGAAAGAAAGUAGCUUAUCGACUUUCGAUGGUUCUGUUAUUCAAACGGAAAAUGAGGAUGCAGGAGCCACGUUAAACAGACAGAAAAGAACACUUUUUUUGAAGAAAAAACUUAUUGGCGCGGGCCUGUUAGGUUUCGGAUUAGGCCUCGCGAAAGGAUAUAAAGCAGGUUAUUAUACUGCUCCGGAGGUGCAUCAUGUAUAUUUAUCACCUCCACCGGCGUCUGUGAAAUACGUUGAAUACGUUGAGAAACCUGUUUUCGUUGAAAGGAUAAUCAAACCGAUACACGCUGAAUACAACAGUCCUCCACCUUAUGGAGCAUGGUAAGUUUAUCGAAAAUCAUUGUAUGUCGAAAAUAGCAUCGAGAGGACUAGCUAAAAAAUCUCUGAUACCAUUCGUCGCAAGAGGAAAUUAUUAUAGUAUAAAAAGGACCAAGGGACACAAAAUGCAUCCACGAAAUCCUCCUGAAAUAUCGUAUCUUUUUAUUCUCAUAUACAUACAUGCAUGUAUAGUAUAUGUAUUUUGUCAUACGCUCAAGACACAUUGUACAAUAGAAUAAAGUGAUAUUUUAUAAUA